GUGGAGGGAGGUGCGGGGCACGGCCAUGCAGCAGUGGCAUGUCCUGGAGGCCAAGGAGACCAAGCUGCGCGCGGCCCGCGCGUACAUGACGCAGGUGGAGGCCGAGCUGGACGCGUCGGCUGACGCCUGCGGCGAAACCAAGUCCGAGCUGGCGAAAGCCAACGAAUCCUGCUCGCGCGAGGCCAACGCGGAGGCUGGAAGAGGACCUGGCAGGGAGGAGGACGCGACCAGGGCGGCGGCGGCGGAGAAGUUCCUGGAGUGCGCAGUCUUCGCGGACCUGCUGCAAGAACUUGACGACGUCGACGACACCGAGGCAGGCGAGGAUUGCAAGCGCUUCAGGCAGGAGCUGCUGCAGUGCCAUCGCGAAGGGAAGGAGGCCCUCGAGCAGGUGCAGCAGCCCAAGCUGGAGGCGGCGACGGCGCGCCAACAGCUACUCCACCUGGCGGAGGCGAAGCAGGAGGAGCUCAAGCAGCAGGUCGAGCAGGCUCGGUCGAGGGCCAACGGCGCCAGCAACAAACGGAAGUUGGUUGCUCAGGCAGGCGCAGGAGGAGGGGCCGCGGCGGCUGGGGGGGCCCCCCCAGGCGAGGCCGCAGCUUCGGCGGCCGCCGAGCCCGCCGCCCCCAUCGCCCCUGAAGCGCCGCAGCCUAUCGACGACGAGACGAGGCGGGCGCGCAGGGAGGAGUCGCGGGCGGAGGUCAGCAAGGCCGUGGGCAAGGACGGUAAGGGCGCUGGCAAAAGUGGCGGCGCUGAUGGUAGCUGCCUCUGGCCUUGCGGGGAGCUCGACGCUCAGGUUGAGUCGGGACCCGCUGCGAGCAGCACUGUUCGACCCGAUUUUUUGACGACGGUGGCGAUCAACGCCGGGGAGCUGCGCGGCAGGCAGCAAGAGGAGCAGGGGGCCACUCUCGCGCUGAGCGAGCCCAGCCACGCAGCGGAGCCCAGCCCCUCGAAGUUUUGGAUCGACAACAUGGUGGAGGACUGGGGGCGCUUCGACGACGCGCGGUUCGACCCGCUCUACGGCUGGAGCCACAACACCACGGCAGUCAACCGGCAAGGGUGGCAGGGUGGCAGGCUGCAGGAGCGGGGGCGCGAAUUGCCGACUGACGAGUGGCCGAGCUGGCAGCGGGGCGCUAAGGCGGCAGGGCGCAAAAGCGGCAAGGUCUCCGUGAAUGGCAACUCCACCGCGGUCGCGUUCGGCAAGGCCGACAAGGGGUCGGGCGCGAAGAGGCGCGAGCGAGGGGAAAGGGCCGCCAGCGCGGCGCCUUCUCAGCUGGGCGGGGAGGAAGAGGGGCCAGCGGUGACCUCUCAGAUGGCGACGAUGAGGAUGAGGGCCCGGCGGACUGCACCUGUUGGCGACAGCGAGUGCGGGGGCCCAGCGGUCGACGCUGCAGACGGCGACCGGGAGGUGGCGAG